AUGACCAAAAAAUGGUCACUGAAAUCAAAGGUUAAAUUUUUUCUGCCUAAACAGUUAUGGAAAAGUAUUGUUAAAAAAACAAUUGAAAAAUCAGUAACAAUUACUAUUUCAUCAAGUGGGUAUAAAAAAAAUAAAAAAGAAAAUACAAAAAGUUCUUUAAACGUUAAUGAUGCUAGUUCUAGUCAUCUAUUAAAAGAAACUCAAAUAGUGUAUUAUGUAAAUGAAACUCCAUUAAACUGUUUAUCAAAAACUGAGCAAAGUUUAAAAAAAUCUUCCACUAUUUUAAAUAAACCGGUAGUUAAAUAUCAAGCGAAUGAAGUAAAAGUUAAAAAAAUAUAUUAUUUCGUAAAUAUUCAACCUAAUUAUAAGUUUAAAAAAGAUAGUAAUGAAAAAAAAUUGUCAUUAAUAAAUGUUAAUAUUGAUGAAAAACUACCUUUAGAAAUUAAAAAAAAUGAAAGUGAAAUAUUAGAAACUUUUGUAAAAUAUAUCAACAAAUUACAAAAAUACGUUUAUAAUGGAAUAUCAUUUAAAAAUGAUACACUAUCAUUAGUUUCAUUACCCAGUAUUAAUGAUAUUUACCCAGAGUAUUUUAUUGAUUACAAUAAAUAUAUAAAACAUUUCAAUAUUCAAAUUGAGUCUAGUAAAAAAUUGAUAACUUUAAAAUAUCCAUUUGAACAGAUAUUUCAAGUUAAUGUUGACCAUUUGAAUAACAAAAUAUUUGACAAAUGUUUUACUAGGAUAGCAGAAAUUGAAGAUGAAUCUUCAAAAGAUAUUUUAAUUGCACCUUUGAUGGCUUCAAUUGACAACAAGCCUUGUGGUAUAAUUAAUAAUGAUCUGUGUUCUCUUCAAAAUGAGCAUGUUGUUUACCUAUUAAUAAAUGACUAUAAUAUGUAUGAUAGUAUAUCAGAGAAUAAAAUUGAAAGUUUGCCAUAUGAAAGUAUUGAGAUAGAAGAAAAAGAAUAUAUAUCUAAUGAACCCAUGCAUAUAAAUUUUAAUGACAGUAUUGACAAAAUUCAUAAUUUAAAUAUUGACAAAACAAGUGUUUCAAAAUUAUUAUCUAGUACAUCAGUACUUGAAAGUGUUUUUAAAUAUAUGCAUGAAAUUGAUACUUUUCCAAUAAAAGAUAACAAAUCACAUGUAACUAUUUCCAGAAAUAUUUCAUCAAUUGAAGCAAUAUCUCUUGAUAAAGAUUAUUCUAAUAGAUUACUAACAACUGAAUCUUCCACUGAAAAUACAAUAACUCAGCCAAAAGAUACUUCUUUAAUUUAUGCACCAUUUUCAAUCACCACAAUAAAUAGUUGUCCAUCAUUUUACAUUAAAGAUAAUAACUUAUAUCAACUUGAUUUAACAAAAAUUAAGAAUUCUUUACUAGAAAUACGAGGACAAAUACAAAAAUUACUUUUGCUAGAAAAAAGAUUAUCACUGUAUUAUGAAUUUUUAUUGGACCAACAAUCCAGUGUAUGA